CGGAGCGAGCGCAGGAGCGCGCGGCGGUCCUGGCCCCCGCGGGAGCGCGGCUGCGGGACCGAGCAGGGGCGGUGGGUGGGCAGGCCUCUUGUCUUAGCCUGCGCAACGGCCCGAGCGCGGGCUGCGGUCCCCGGGGAUGCUAGCGGUGGCGGCUCGGCCGGCAGGGUCCCGAGCGGCGGGAGGCCGGCCGCGUACGGUAACGGGCCAGCCGGGGUGCGGGCGAUGACUCCUGCCUGCAGGCCGCGGGCGUUGCGGCCCCCGGGUGCCCGUUGAGCUCCGAGGGCCGGAGGGGGCUGGGCGGGCCUGCGGGGGAGCCCCCGUGGCAGGUGCCUGCCCCAGCGGUGACCCAGCUCCUGCUUCCCAGCUCCUCCCUCUUUGGCCCGGACCCAAUCUCCAGGGGCUAAAAAUAUUGCCCGGAGGCUCCUGAGCGGAAUCAGUUCGCGCUAAGUAGGACGCAGGGUGAGGUGACAGAGCUCUUCAGCACCAGGGCCGGAAGAGCAGACUCCAGGACGCGGUCCCGCCCACGCGCGUUCAGCAGCUAGCGUCCUCCCUCCGUCACAGGUGCGUGUGGGGCCAGUAUGAAGUUGAAGAAGCAGGUGACGGUGUGUGGGGCUGCCAUCUUCUGUGUGGCCGUCUUCUCCCUCUACCUGAUGCUGGACCGGGUGCAGCACGAUCCUGCCAGACACCAGAACGGUGGGAACUUUCCCAGGAGCCAAAUUUCCGUGCUGCAGAACCGGAUCGAACAGCUGGAACAACUGUUGGAGGAGAACCACGAGAUCAUCAGCCACAUCAAGGACUCUGUGCUGGAACUGACAGCCAAUGCGGAGGGCCCGCCAGCCCUGCUGCCCUACCACACAGCCAACGGCUCGUGGGCUGUGCUCCCAGAGCCCCGGCCCAGUUUCUUCUCUGUCUCCCCACAAGACUGCCAGUUUGCUUUGGGGGGCAAGGGUCAGAAGCCAGAACUUCAGAUGCUAGCUGUGUCUGAGGACUUGCCCUUUGACAAUGUGGAGGGUGGCGUGUGGAGGCAAGGCUUUGACAUCUCCUACAGCCCGAACGACUGGGACGCUGAAGACUUGCAGGUGUUUGUGGUACCCCACUCUCACAAUGAUCCAGGCUGGAUCAAGACUUUUGACAAGUACUACACAGAACAAACCCAACACAUCCUCAACAGCAUGGUGUCCAAGCUGCAGGAAGACCCCCGACGACGCUUUCUCUGGGCAGAGGUCUCCUUCUUCGCCAAGUGGUGGGACAACAUCAGUGCCCAAAAAAAGGCAGCAGUCCGAAGGCUGGUGGGAAACGGGCAGCUGGAGAUUGCAACAGGUGGGUGGGUGAUGCCAGAUGAGGCCAACUCCCACUACUUUGCCUUGAUUGACCAACUCAUCGAGGGACACCAGUGGCUGGAGAGAAACCUGGGUGCAACCCCACGCUCGGGCUGGGCAGUGGACCCCUUUGGGCACAGCUCCACCAUGCCUUACCUGCUGCGCCGUGCCAACCUGACCAGCAUGCUGAUUCAGAGGGUACAUUAUGCCAUCAAGAAGCACUUUGCUGCCACUCACAGCCUGGAGUUCAUGUGGAGGCAGCUGUGGGACACAGACUCCAGCACAGACAUCUUUUGCCACAUGAUGCCCUUCUACAGCUAUGACGUCCCACACACCUGUGGCCCUGACCCCAAGAUCUGCUGCCAGUUCGAUUUCAAACGUCUGCCGGGUGGACGCAUCAAUUGCCCCUGGAAGGUGCCACCCCGGGCUAUUACGGAGGCCAACGUGGCAGACAGGGCUGCCCUGCUCCUGGAUCAGUACCGGAAGAAGUCCCGGCUUUUCCGAAGCAAUGUCCUCCUCGUGCCAUUGGGCGAUGACUUCCGAUAUGACAAGCCUCAGGAAUGGGAUGCCCAGUUCUUCAACUACCAGCGGCUCUUUGACUUCCUCAACAGCAAGCCGGAGCUCCAUGUGCAGGCCCAGUUUGGGACCCUCUCUGAGUAUUUUGAUGCUCUCUAUAAGAGGACAGGAGUGGAGCCUGGUGCCCGGCCUCCAGGGUUUCCUGUGCUGAGUGGAGAUUUCUUCUCCUAUGCUGACCGGGAGGACCACUACUGGACAGGCUAUUACACUUCCCGACCUUUCUAUAAGAGCUUGGACCGAGUCCUAGAAGCCCAUCUGCGUGGGGCAGAGGUUCUAUACAGCUUGGCUGUGGCUCAUGCCCGCCGCUCCGGACUGGCUGGCCAGUACCCACUGUCUGAUUUUGCUCUUCUGACGGAAGCUCGGCGCACACUGGGGCUCUUCCAGCACCAUGAUGCCAUCACCGGAACUGCCAAGGAGGCGGUGGUAGUGGACUAUGGGGUCAGGCUGCUGCGGUCCCUGGUUAGCCUGAAGCAGGUCAUCAUCAAUGCUGCUCACUAUCUGGUGCUGAGCGACAAAGAGACCUACGAAUUUGACCCUGGGACACCCUUCCUUCAAAUGGAUGACAGUCGUUUAAGUCACGAUGCCCUGCCGGAGCGCACAGUGAUCCAGCUGGAUCCCUCCUCCCCCAGGUUUGUGGUGCUGUUUAACCCACUGGAACAGGAGCGGCUCAGUGUGGUGUCCCUGCUGGUCAACUCCCCAAGGGUGCGAGUCCUUUCAGAGGAGGGCCAGCCCCUGUCUGUGCAGAUCAGUGCGCACUGGAGCUCGGCCACUAACAUGGUCCCCGAUGUCUACCAGGUGUUGGUACCCAUCCGUCUGCCAGCCCUGGGCCUCAGUACGCUGCAGCUGCAGCCAGACCUUGAUGGGCCCCACACAGUGCCGUCUUCCGUACGUGUCUACCUGAAUGAUGUGAAGCUGUCAGUGAGCAGGCAGACGGCAUUCCCACUCCGUGUCAUGGACUCGAGCACCAGUGACUUUUCCAUCAGCAAUCACUACAUGCAGGUCUGGUUCUCCGGCCUUACUGGGCUCCUCAAGAGCAUCCGAAGGGUGGAUGAGGAGCAGGAGCAGAAGAUGGACAUGAAGCUCCUCAUCUAUGGUACCCGGACGUCCAAAGAUAAGAGUGGUGCCUACCUCUUCCUGCCUGACAGCGAGGCUAAGCCCUACAUCCCCAAGAAGCCUCCUGUGCUGCGUGUCACCGAAGGCCCGUUCUUCUCAGAGGUGGCUGCGUAUUAUGAGCACUUUCACCAAGUGGUUCGACUGUACAACCUGCCAGGAGUAGAGGGGCUGUCUCUGGACAUGGCAUUCCAGGUAGACAUCAGGGACUACGUGAACAAAGAGCUGGCCCUGCGCAUCCACACGGACAUUGGCAGCCAGGGCACCUUCUUCACAGACCUCAAUGGCUUUCAGGUACAACCCCGGCGAUAUCUAAAGAAGUUGCCCCUGCAGGCUAACUUUUACCCCAUGCCAGUCAUGGCCUACAUCCAAGAUGCAGAGAGGCGCCUCACGCUGCACACCGCGCAGGCUCUGGGUGUCUCCAGCCUCGGUGAUGGCCAGCUGGAGGUGAUCUUGGACCGACGGCUAAUGCAGGAUGACAACCGGGGUCUAGGCCAAGGGCUCAAAGACAACAAGAUCACCUGCAACCACUUCCGCCUCCUGUUAGAACGGCGAACCUUGAGCCAUGAGGUCCAAGAUGAGCGCUCUACCAGCUACCCGUCCCUCCUCAGCCACCUGACGUCCAUGUACCUCAACACGCCUCCACUCGCCUUGCCCGUGGCCAAGAAGCAGGUCACCAGCUCCACGCUGCGCUCUUUCCAACCUCUGGCUUCCCCACUGCCCUGCGACUUCCACCUGCUCAAUCUGCGCACGAUCCCGGCUGAGGACACCCUGCCUUCAGCCGAUGCUGCGCUCAUCUUGCACCGCAAGGGUUUUGACUGUGGCCUCGAGGCCAAGAACUUGGGCUUCAACUGUACCACAAGCCAGGGCAAGAUGGCCUUGGGAGGUCUCUUCCAUGGCCUGGAUGUGGUAUUCCUGCAGCCAACCUCGUUGACUUUGCUGUACCCUCUGGCCUCACCCUCCAACAGCACUGACAUCUUCCUGGAGCCCAUGGAGAUUGGCACCUUCCGCCUCCGCUUGGGUUAGGUCAGGACUUCGCGUGGCCUGAAGAGAAAGUUUAUCCACAGAGACCACCUCUUAACACCAAAUCCGGUUUGACAAGCCACACUAGUGUCACCCUCCGUUCUGCCUCAGAACUGUGACAGUCUGGGCUCUGCCCUUACAUUGUCUAUUGCUGCUUCUGUGUUUGGGACAACCACAUGUCAGUGGUAAGCAGGUGCCAGUGAGACAAGGGAGAGGAGGCUCUCUGGGUUGUGAGUAGGUGCCCAGGUGGGCACAGGCUCAGGCUCCCAUCGUUUUCCCAAAAUGGGAUUUAGGAAGAGUGGAGGGAAACGGAAGAGGUCAAGGACGCUGUGAGGAACAGCCCAGUGCCAGGUGACAGCAGUCAUGAGCUAGCUCUAGGCAGGCUAUGGUGACAUAGGCCCCACAUGUCCUGUUAUGAGGCACAGGAGCAGGGUGACUCUGGGAGAAGGGACGUAGAGAUCCAUUAUUAGUGGGAUAGAGGAGUGAGAUGGGUCCCUAGUUCUCCCAAGAGCCUAAAGGCUUUGCUGCUUUCUGUUCUGCCUCUGCCUUUAGUACCUCUGGGCUUGUGUACCCUGGCUAGGUGGCGAUAAGGACUAGCUUGAGACUCUAAAUCAAGGUCAGAGGCCAUAGAACACUUCAGGUACCCACACCCAUUCUCCGCUGGUCAUUUGGUGAUGUGUUGAUUUGUGGUAGGGGUGAGAAGUGUCUCCCACCCUCCCUGCUUCUUUAUGUCACACACCACUCUCCUCACGAAUUCCUGUCACAAGACUCCCGUGCUUGGGCACCUUGUGAAGCAUCCCAUGCUGGGUCCCGUGGCAGGUGGAGGAGGUUCAUCCUUGCUCCAUCUACAGAAAUGUUGCCUUCCUGGUAUGUGGGACAAAGAAGAUGGAGACGAAAUUAGGAGGCUGUAUGCUCUGAUGAGCCCUCAUUUUACCUUAAUUAGUAGAGAAUUUGUCUAUAAAUGAUGAAAAGAAAGUUGGUAAAAGUGUAGCUCCAUCCCUUAUGAAAACUUAGAAAGCCAAGACCAGAAAGAAGCAUCAUACUAGAUAAAGGUCCCUGUCACCAGUAACCUAUAGCACCCAAAGAACCAAACAGCAAGGCACUCUCCUGAGAGUCAGAAACUAGCUGGGGCAUGCUGAUGUUUAACAGGGUUCCGGUAUCACUAAUCCCUGCAAUUCAGCAGAUGGAGACAAGGGAACGCCAUGAUUGCCAUUGUUUUUAAACCAUAAGCUAUAUCUAAGAAGCCAGUGCCAACUGAAGACCCAGCAAGGUGUUCUGUGAGUCGCCUGAGUGCUGUCCAUGUAAACACCAGUUCUUCCCAAAUCAGCCCAUAAAAUCAAUGUAAUUCCAGCAAGAGUGGAGACUUCUUGGAAUCCUGCCAGUUCUGAUAUUCAUUUAGAAGAGUACAGGAUGAGGGUGUGAGGCAGUUCUGAAUGACAGUGGUAAUAUAUGGCUGGUGGUCCCAAGGGGGGCAAAAGGCACUUGUCAUACAGAGUCCUCAAAGGCUUGGACUCUUCUGCCAGCAUGAAUUUAGUCAUUGUGUUGGUCAGAGAGACAGACCCAUGCACACAGACGUUCAGGGACAGGGAGAUGGAUCGUUUCAUAAAUAGUUCCUUGAGACAGCUAGCUGUUAGUUGAAACUCUUACCUCAGUUUCCCAAAAAUUAGCUCUGGAGGGGAAAGCAAAACAAGAAAUUAUUCAAAAAAUACAUAUAUAAAAAUCUCACUCUCACUAUGUAGCUCUGGCUGUUCUGGAACUUACUAUGUAGACUAAGUCUUUAAAUCACAGAGAUCCCCACCUGCUUCUGCCUCCCAAAUGCUGGGACUAAAGGCGUGUGCCACCACACCCAGCAAAAAAAUAUAUUUUUACAUUUGAUGUAGGAAGGCUUUUCUAUACAUAACAUGAUAGGGGGAAAGACUACAAAGGAAGCGUGUGAUAGGAAACAGGUUAAAGUACACUUUGCAGGUGUGUGCCCUGAAUGAGGACUGCAGGAGAAAAACCUGCUUUGGCUCCUCUGAGGACAUCACCAGGGUCUGCCCAGCUUUCACCCAAAGGUCCUACAGUGACAGGGCUGAGUUCUGGGAGGUCCUUCAGACUACAGCCAGGCUCAGGCCGCAUGGAUUCCUAGUCAUGUUUGGUGAAAGAAAUAAGAUGAUGAGUAGGAACUGCUUAGCGUAGAGCCUGGGCGGUAGACAAGUAUGGGCGGAAGUUUCUGUCCUGACCGCCUAAACACACGAGGAAAGAAUGUGAAGCCCCUGUUAAUAGCAAGUGUUAGGCUGGUGCAUGGUCUGUAGUCAAAUGAUAGUGGAGACUCUGGACCCCUAGGAAAUUAGCGGAAUAAAGGAUAUUCAUUGGA